UGCCAAAAGAAGCACGGGAAACUAAGCUGCAGUGACCACCCACGUGCCGUGGCGACCGCUCUCUGACCCCUCCUCUCCCUUCCCGAGCCUCACACACACACACACCCACCACACCACCCCGGCCGCUUCCGCCACUUCACUCCACUCCACAUCACGCGGCCGCACUCCACUGAAACCCACCGCUCACCCAACCCCCCCGAAAACCCCCCAACCCAAGCGCCCACCACGAUGCGGCACCGCCUCCGCCUCCUCCUCGUCGUGCUCGUCGCCGCCGCCUAUGCCGCCGGCGACGUCGCCUCGUCGUACUCGCAGCCUACGCUGCCCGCUGUUCCCCCGGUGCAGGCCGUACGGCCGCCGCCCGCGGCGGUAGGCGGCGGGUCGCACUCGCAGCCCACGUUCCCUCCUCGCGCGCCGGUGCGGGCCGUGCCACCGCCCGCCACGCUGGUCUCGACGGCGACCCCGGGGGCGCUGCUUGCGGCAUUCCUCGCCAAGGCGGAUCCCUCCGCGCAUCUGCGGUUCCCUCUGGCGGUGUCGCCGUGUUCGCACCCGGCCGUCUCCUGCAGCGCCGACGGCCAGAUCACCCGCCUGGUGCUCGAGUCGUCCGGGCUGAACGGGACGUUCGCGCCCGCCACGCUCUCCCGCCUCGUCGAGCUCCGGGUGCUCAGCCUCAAGAGCAACGCGCUCCACGGCCCCAUCCCGGACCUCUCCCCGCUCGAGAACCUCAAGGCGCUCUUCCUCGCCGGCAACCGCUUCUCCGGGCCGUUCCCCGCCUCGGUCGCGUCGCUCCGCCGGCUCCGCUCCAUCGACCUCGCCGGGAACAGGCUCUCCGGCGCGCUCCCUCCCGGCAUUGAGGUCGCGUUCCCGCAUCUGACGUUCCUACGGCUCGACGCCAACCACUUUAAUGGCUCCCUCCCGGCGUGGAACCAGUCUUCGCUCAAGCUGCUGAACGUGUCGUACAACAACUUCUCCGGGCCCGUGCCGGUCACCCCCGUCAUGGCGCAGAUGGGCGCCGCCGCGUUCGCGGGCAAUCCAGAGCUCUGCGGCGAGGUUCUCCGCCGUGAGUGCCGGGGCUCCCACCUCCUCUUCUUUCACGGUCCUGGCAACAACGGCUCCGCUGCUCCCCCGGUGCAGAGCGCCGCGGCCACCGGCGACGGACCGCAACGCGACGACAUCAGCUUGCCCGAUUCAUCCACGCCGCGUUCGCGGAAACUGAGGAGGCGGGCCGCCAUCGCCGUUGCGGCUACCGCCGCAGCGUUCGUGGCCGUGCUUCUACUUUGUGCCAUGAUUGCAAUGAAAAGGGGCAAGAAGCGUCGGCGGCCGAGCUCCGCGGCAUACCCGAGCCCCAAGAAGAGCGCGGCCAUGUCGGAGGUGAGCAGGGACAACACCGAUCUCGGCUAUGUGGAGUGCGUGCCGGACGAGGAGACGGCGGCGAUGAUGAUGCCGGAGGAGAAGGCGCGGCGGCUGGAGCGGAGCGGCUGCCUAACGUUCUGCGCGGGCGAGGGCGCGAGCUACAGCCUCGAGCAGCUGAUGCGCGCGUCGGCGGAGGUGCUCGGCCGCGGGAGCGUGGGGACGACGUACAAGGCGGUGCUCGACGGCCGCCUCGUGGUCAUCGUGAAGAGGCUGGACGCGGCCAAGAUCGGCGCCGCGGCGCUGGAGGCAGAGGCGUUCGAGCAGAACAUGGACGCCGUUGGCCGGCUGCGGCAUCCCAACCUCGUCUCGCUCCGGGCGUUCUUCCAGGCGAAGGAGGAGCGGCUGCUCGUCUAUGACUACCAGCCCAAUGGCAGCCUCUACUCUCUCAUCCAUGGUUCAAGGUCAUCUCGAGCAAAACCACUUCACUGGACUUCCUGCCUAAAGAUAGCUGAAGACAUCGGGCAGGGCCUUGCUUACAUUCACCAAGCAUCCCGACUUGUUCAUGGAAACAUCAAGUCUUCCAAUGUCCUGCUUGGUUCUGACUUUGAGGCUUGUCUUACGGACAAUUGCUUGGCAUUCCUUUUGGAAUCAUCAGAAGUCAAAGACGAUGCUGCUUAUAGAGCACCAGAAAACAUGAAGUCCAACAGAAGGCUAACUCCAAAGUCAGACAUAUAUGCUUUCGGCAUCCUCCUCCUUGAACUUAUCAGUGGGAAGCCUCCGCUUCAGCACUCAGUAUUGGUUGCAACUAAUCUUCAGACCUAUGUCCAGUCUGCGAGGGACGAUGGAGUGGACGUCGAACGUCUCUCUAUGAUUGUUGACAUAGCAUCUGCCUGUGUUCGAUCCUCGCCUGAAAGUCGGCCAACUGCCUGGCAAGUCCUCAAGAUGAUUCAGGAAGUGAAGGAAGCAGAUACUGCCGGAGACAAUGACAGCGAUCUUACUAGCAAUUCCUAGUCAUGGAUGGGUUUAUGUCGGCAGGAUUAUCUGAAUUCUGAAGUGAUCCAUUCGAUGUUGCAUGCAUUGAUCUGCUCAGAAAAAAAAAGCCAGUAGAACAGUUCCUAAUGUAGGUGAAUGGCUGCGGGGUCAUGAUCUCUCUGACUAGUUCGCUUCCAGCUAAGAAUUUUAGCAUGCUGUAAAAUGUUUUCGUGAUUUUAAACUUAGUUUCAGCAUGCUCUUUGUCUGUUGGUAGUCUUACUAAAGUAGUACUGGAAUACCCAGUGCUUAGAACUCUGAGAACUUAUAUUUUGAACAUGGCUCCUCUGUGCAGUGAGGGUUUGUUUAUAGUGCUUGUAAUGAUAUGGCCUUGCAUAUCGAAAAAGAUCGUACUCGCACUACUA